GCAUCACGCAUAGCGGGUUUGCUUAAAGUCCUUCUCUAUUCCUCUGAUUUUCUCAUUGUUCAUCGUCUCGUUCGGGUGUUCAGUUCUAUCAUUGGCCGAGCCCAAGUUUUCUCAGUAUUGUACAAAGUCUAGUGAGCACAACCGAAGAGGAAGAUGAGGCUACUAUCGGCAUUUGCCCUGGUGCUAGCCACUGCCACCGUGGCGAUUGCGGAGGAAGAGGUCAAAACCGAAGAUGGAGUUCUGGUUUUAACUAAGGAUAACUUCGAUUCGGUCGUCGCCAAGAACGAGUUUGUGCUGGUCGAAUUUUAUGCGCCGUGGUGCGGCCACUGCAAAGCUCUAGCUCCCGAGUACGCGAAGGCCGCCAAGGUACUAGCGGACAAAGAAUCCAACAUCAAAUUAGCUAAGGUUGAUGCUACCGUUGAGCCGGAGCUAGCAGAGAAGUAUGGCAUCCGUGGAUAUCCGACGCUUAAAUUCUUCCGCGGUGGAUCGCAUGUCGACUAUACUGGUGGACGUGAACAGGACACAAUUGUAUCUUGGUUGGAGAAAAAGACAGGACCGGCUGCAAAGGAACUGGACACCGUAGAAGCAACGGAAGAGUUUUUGAAAGAGAACAAUGUGGCCGUCGUUGGUUUCUUUAAGGAUCGUGAUUCGAAAGAAGCAAAGGCAUUCUUGUCCACGGCAGUUGCUGUUGAUGACUAUCCAUUUGGCGUGACGAGUAGCGAGGAGGUUUACGCCAAAUAUGAGGCAAAAUGCGGUUCUGUUGUAUUGUUCAAGAACUUCGAUGAGGGUAAAGCCGUUUUUGAAGGCGAAGCCACUGAAGAAGCUCUCAAAAAGUUCGUAGCCGCUCAGGCCUUGCCCUUGAUCGUAGAUUUCAGUCACGAGACGGCACAAAAGAUCUUUGGUGGAGAAAUUAAAAGCCACUUGCUGUUCUUUAUUUCCAAAGAGGCCGGCCAUUUAAAGGAGUUUGUUGAGCCAGCCAAAGAAGUGGCAAAGAAAUUCCGUGAACAAAUCCUGUUUGUUACGAUUGACGCCGACCAAGAGGAUCACACUCGUAUUCUGGAAUUUUUCGGUAUGAAGAAGGAUGAGGUGCCGUCGUUGCGCAUAAUCCGUCUAGAAGAGGAUAUGGCUAAAUACAAACCCGAAACCAAGGAUUUGUCUGCGGAAAAAAUUGGCGAAUUUGUGCAAUCGUUCCUCGACGGUAAAGUGAAGCAACAUUUGCUUUCGCAGGACCUUCCCGAAGACUGGGACAAAGAACCGGUUAAGGUACUCGUGGCUACUAAAUUCGACGAAGUUGCCUUUGACAGCACUAAGGAUGUACUGGUGGAAUUCUAUGCACCUUGGUGCGGUCACUGCAAGCAGCUGGUUCCGAUCUAUGAUAAACUCGGCGAAAAGUACAAAGACAGUGAUAGUGUUCUGAUCGCCAAAAUUGACGCUACUGCCAACGAGCUCGAACACACGAAGAUAUCUUCUUUCCCUACAAUCUAUCUGUACCGAAAGGGCGAUAAUGAAAAGGUAGAAUUCAAAGGGGAACGUACUCUUGAAGGUUUCGUGAAGUUCCUGGAGGGCGAAAAGGAUGAGCAAAUGGAGGGAGAGGAAGCCGAUAAGGAAGACAAACCAACCAAGGAUGAAUUGUAAGCAUCCAGAAUAUGAGGAUUCCAAAUCGCACACCAUGUGUCUGUCCUCGAGUGUUAGUCAACAAAGCAGAAAAAAGAACGAGAAAUAUUCUAAGUCCAAAAUCAUCAUUGGUUCUACAACCCGUUUUAUCCGGAAAUUGAGUUUUAACAAUUUCGGUCUUAGGUUCUAAUUACUAACACGACGAACCUUCUCUAAAAGCCAGUAACAAAUCCAUAUAAUUCCCUUUCAAAAGAAGAUAACGCGUGUGCAUAAUAUUAAUGUAAAACUUCGCAAAGAGACUGUAAUAUACUAUAUUUUACGAUGGGGUUCUGUAAGAUGUUAUAUGAUGCGAUAUAGAUGAAUUUCCCAAACACCAGCAGUGUAAAACACGUGUUUUACAUCUCCACAAUCAUUUUUGUGCGUGCAUUUACUGGGACCGCCAAUGUUUCGGGAUCAUGUUAACAACAGCGGUACGCAUUUCCCAAAUUCUGGAAAAUGGAAUGUAUUUUCUUAGUUUUUCCCUCUUCCUAAACAAUAAUAUAUGAAUUCUACGACAGCAUGGGCUCCAUGGAAGAAAUAGUAGAAGGAAUGUGCAUGAAACAUCUCAUACGGCGCGAUACAACUUACCCAAACAUGCGAAGGCUUAUGUGUAGUAGGUACAUAGGACCAGGUUAUCGCAAGGAAAAUUGCGCAGAUCACAAGAAAAACGUAAAGGGGCAGCGUGAAUUGUAGAAACAUACAAAUGUUUGCAUUUGAUAAGUUGAUCUAGGCAAAACUGUGAAGAAUGUUAUAUUAACAUUAGGAGCGUAAUAGCUAACUCCAUCAUUUUGUGUGGUGGCAGUAACAGUAACGAUAAACUUCCUGCACUAACAAAAAGAUCCACAAAAUCCACAUACACCAUAGUCACACAAGCGGCGAUAGAACACUCAAGGCAUUAAAAUAAAUUGAAAAUCUUGAUAAACGGAUUUAAAUUAUUUCUUUUACAUUGCUUUUCUAAGUUUUUUAGUUCAUAAGAAGAGAAAAAGAACAGGGUGUUCGAUAUUUAAUGUCUAAAUCGUACGUACAUAAUGUGUUCUUUUAACAGAUCAUUUUCCAAGUUCAUGUUAAAUUAACGUUCUGUUAUAUUCAUUUCGCAAUUGAAAUAAAUUCUUAAAUGUUGAAUAUCCACAGGGAGGC